AUGUUUAUGGAUAACCCUUUUACUCCGCCAGACGAUGGCUGGACAUUCACCGUGGGCAAGCCCACAAGGAUCGAGUGGAAUGCGACCACGAAGGGAAAGGUAACACUGUGGCUACGACACUCAGAUGGAGGUGCUGGGUGGACGAUACCUAUCGCCGAGAAUAUCCCGAACUCAGGCGAAUACAAAUGGACACCAACGCCAGACCUCGAGCCAGAGUCCAGUGAGGAUGGGACCACCUAUACCCUGCUAAUCGGCCCUGGUGGCGGCGACCCGGAUACCAGCACGAACCAGAUCCUGAUCACUGUCAAUGGGUCAGGGACGAGUUCGGCAACUACUACGAACACAGACAUAGAUACUCCGACCUCCUCUUCCCCUAUCCAGUCUACAUCCUCCAUUCCGGAAUCGACUGUAACCAUGACUGUGACUGGCGACGGUGGCUCUAUUUCUACUACACUCGCGACAGCCUCUACCAGUCUACCGUCUGAAAGUCCCCCUCCUGUACCCGGGGGACUUUCAUCGGACUUCAAAAUUGGAAUAGGUGUUGGAGUUGGCCUGGGCGUACCUACGAUCUUGUUCCUAUUAGGGUUCAUCCUGUGGAAACGACUCCGGCCGUCCUCCACACCCGGCGCAAAGGCAAAGGAAGAUCAAAACCAGCCAUCGAUGGUGGAGCUAUCGAGUGACGAUGCAGCAAAGCAACGAGCCGAGCUCUGUGCUCAGGAGCGCGCCGAGAUGUCCGCUCGAGAGCGUGUUGAGCUGGGCGAGGGAAAGGUAACAUACGAGUUGCCAGGAAACGACAUUGCGGCUGCGGAGUUGGCAAUCAAGGAUGCAUCUGGUUGA